GGCCAACGUCAAGUAUAAAGGGAAUAACAUGGUGCUGUUGAGUGGAUGUUUACGUUAAGAGAGGGCAACAGAAAGAGAUCAAAUAGCCUUACGAAUUUAUUUGUAGAACGCGUUUUAUAGUCUAGUUUUUAAAAUUCACUUUGUAUUUUGGUAUGUGAUUGCCUAACUACUCAUGUGCCACUUGUCCCAAUGGAAAGGGGGUUUCAGUUUGGAAAUGUGUGCAUAUCUCUGCUGCUGCUGCUUGUUCUGAGAACGUUAACGGUUACUUUGCAAAGUCAGUCUCUCUCAGAGAGAAAACUCGAAGUGGCCCCGACGCCAAACACCGAGGCGGCGGAACAUGCUGCCGUUAUGGAGCGGCCACUUGACAACGUCGGAGGAGCCCCGGGUUUCGGAGAAGUGACCGUAGAGGACGACGACUACGGCUCGACAGGAGAGAGCGAAGAGACGACUGGAGACAGCGACGCAAACUUACACCAACACCGGAGGGCUCUGGUGAUCAUUAGCACACUGGAUGGAAGAAUCGCAGCUCUGGACCCUUUGAACCAGGGACGCAAACAGUGGGACCUGGACGUGGGCUCAGGCUGUCUAGUGUCCUCUAGCCUCAGCAAACCAGAGAUUUUUGGGAACAAGAUGUUCAUUCCCUCUCUGGACGGAGCUCUGUUCCAGUGGAACAGGGACAGGGAGAGUAUGGAGGCUGUUCCCUUCAGUGUCGAGUCCCUGCUGGACUCCUCGUUCCGCAUCGGAGAGGACACUGUGCUUGUUGGGGGCAAGUCCCUCACCACGUAUGGCCUUGGUGCAUACAGUGGCAAGUUAAAGUAUAUUUGUUCAGCGGUGGGCUGCAGUCGGUGGGGGGACGAGGAAGGAGAGCCAGAGGACGUACUGUUACUCCAGAGAACACAGAAAACUGUCAGAGCUGUGAGGCCUCGCAACGGGUUUGAGAAAUGGAACUUCAGCGUGGGAAACUUUGAGCUGAAAUAUGCCCCUGAGAUUCAGUCCAACCUCAACUUCCUGGAGGGGGAGGCGUCUACUGGGGAGACAUGGCGAGAGGUCAGACGUGAAGCACAGCGUGUCAUCCAGGAGGAGACGGACACUCAAACCAAAAAUCAUGCUAAUACGCACCCAAACUCGCACACUCAGGUAGAGGGCUUAGACCUGGUCAUUAAAGUUUCUGUGCCGGACUGGAAAGUCAUGGCCUUCAGCACCAAACCAGAAGGACAGCUGAUCUGGGAGCAUCAGUUUUGCACACCCAUUGCAUCUGCGUGGCUGGUGGGAGGGGGGAAGGUAACGCCCAUUAGCCUGUUUGAUGACACCUCAUAUAACACCCACACCGACACCGAGGCUCGGGAGGAUGAUGACAUCAUAGAGGAGGCCCGCGGGGCCACAGAGUCCAGCGUUUACCUGGGGAUGUUUCAGGGUCAGCUGUACCUCCAGUCUUCUGUGAGAAUCUCAGAGAAGUUUCCUUCGAAGCCCAAAGCUCUAAACGGCUGGAGCAGUGACACUGACAUGAUGCCACCACCUAUAGUCAAAUGGAAACCCCUCAUCCACUCCCCUUCCCGUACUCCAGUCCUGGUGGGCUCUGAGGAGUUUGAUAAAUGUCUGAAUAAUGAUAAAUUCUCUCAUGAGGAGUACAGUAAUGGAGCUCUGUCAAUUCUGCAGUACCCGUAUGAUAAUGGAUACUACUUUCCAUACAGCGCUCGUUAUCGUAACCGGCGUGAUGAGACGGCAGUGAGUGUUCUACUGAAGAAAGAUGGAGAGGGGUCACAGGUGAGAAGGAAAGACCCUGUGCUGCUACUGCCGUGGUGGAAGGAGAUUCUGGGUACCAUCAUCUUCUGCAUCGCUGCCACCACCUACAUCGUCCGCAAGUUCUUCCACCCGCCCACAACAUACGCGCGGCAACGUAAGGAGUCUGAGACACAGUGUCAAACUGACAACAAGUUUGAACUGGAUGUUACAGAGCCCAAAGAAGUUGUCAUCACAGAGACACGUCCUUGUGAAUAUGUUUCUAGGUACUUGACAGACUUUGAGCCAGUUCAGUGUUUGGGACGUGGUGGAUUUGGUGUCGUGUUUGAGGCGCGCAACAAGGUGGAUGACUGCAACUACGCCAUCAAGAGGAUCCGCCUACCCAACAGGGAGUUGGCUCGUGAGAAGGUCAUGCGAGAAGUAAAGGCUCUAGCUAAGCUGGAACACCAAGGCAUCAUCCGUUAUUUUAACGCUUGGCAGGAGAGUCCGCCCCAGGGCUGGCAGGAGGACAUGGACAAACGCUGGCUCAAAGAUGCCAGUACUGCUGACUGGUUACUGAGUUCUCCUGAGCACAUGGAGGCAUUCUCAGUCAAAGUUCCUGUGGCCACUCCUUCUCCAGUGGACUCCUCAUGCAUGUGUGCGGCCGGUGGGGACACGAGUGUGUGCAUCGGGGAUCAGGUGUGUGUGGAAGGCCUGGGACCGGACAGUAUGAUGUCAGAGCGUGACAGUCAGGCUGUCCUGGACGUCUCGGAUUCCCCCCACUCUUUUGAGCUCUGCCCUCCCCGCACAGUUGCUCAUGGCGACUGCACUUCUUCCUCCUUCGAUAUAGUUUUUGAGGACUCAGGCUGUGAACACCAGGACAAUGACAGUGACCUCAGUGGAAGAACACCUGUGCCACCUGCGUGCCUUUCACAGUCUGGCUCCAAAACCCAGCGUAGUACAUCAGUGGGACCACCCUCUAACUUGCCAUCAAGGCCCACCUCUCUGAGCCUGGCCCCCAGCACCCCCUGCCCUGUCACGCGGCCCCCGCUCACACCUAAGGUCUACUUGUACAUUCAGAUGCAGCUGUGCAGGAAGGAGAACUUGAAGGACUGGAUGGCCCAGAGGUGUUUGCCUGAGCUCAGGGAGCACAGUCAGUGUCUGGAUAUCUUCCUGCAGAUCGCAGAAGCUGUGGAUUUCCUGCAUAGCAAAGGACUUAUGCACAGAGAUCUUAAGCCAUCCAAUAUCUUCUUCACAAUGGAUGACGUGGUGAAGGUGGGAGACUUCGGACUGGUCACUGCUAUGGAUCAGGAGGAAGACGAUGAGGAGCUGAGUAACCUCACACCAAUGCCAAUGUAUGCCCGUCACACUGGCCAAGUGGGCACCAAACUCUACAUGAGCCCUGAACAGCUGUCUGGGAAUUCUUAUUCUCACAAGGUGGACAUUUAUUCACUUGGCCUGAUUCUUUUUGAGCUUCUCUGUCCAUUCCGCACCCAGAUGGAGAGAGUCAGGACUCUCACAGAGGUCAGAGCCCUACAGUUUCCUGCUGCUUUCUGUAAGGCCAAUGUUCUGGAAGCACAGAUGGUGCGCUGUAUGCUGUCCCGAGUGCCCGCGGAACGCCCAGAGGCGUCAGAAAUCACAGAGGCCCCUUUAUUCCAGGAGCUGGAGAUGCCCUGCAGAAUCCGACCACGCACUCGAACGUACAGCGCUUCGUCUGCAGGACGACCGUCAAGACAGAUAUCCUCAUCAAACUAGAACUCCCACUCAAAGACACACACAUACUGUACCUCGUCUGCAGGAUGACAAACACAACCAGUCACCACCUCUUGCAACGCACAUUCAGAUAAACUGAGCUAAAUCAAGAUCAUCAUCCCACUAAGGUCAUUCCACAAACCUCUACAACUGGAAUCACACACAUCGUAAACAUAAAUGAAAUUGCUGCCCACUGUGGCAUUUGUGCCAAGGGCGUUCAAUAAUUAACAAAAAGGCCCCAUUGCAUUUCUUUCAACUCAGUCAACCAAUCCCAUGAUUCCAUGCUCCAGAAGCAUUUUAACACACCCACCCACACACACACUUGCAGUAGGAGGAGAGUUGUUGUUUUUGCAGUGCUAAUGAAUGACCUGCCUUCGGACGCCGUUCACUCUGCAUGUCUUAAACGGGAAGUUGUGUGAUGCGUGCUUUUCUUUCCAAACGGGAAAUUGCACGAGUUCUUUUUCUCCUCUAAUGUAAAUAGGCUUAAAUACCAAGCAAGAGAGGCUUUGUGUGCUUUAAAGGUGCUCGUUCAAGACCGAACGCACAAGUUCAGAGGCAUUAUAGCCACUCGCUGAUACAGUGUUAGUGGCUAAUGUGCACAUUACUUGAUGAACAUGGAUCUGCAUAUGACUGAGUGGAUGUGGAAAUAUUCAAACUGCCUUUAAGCUGGACUUUGAGACACGAAUGACAUGUUAGUGAUGGUCAGUAUGAGACUUAGAAUGGACUGAUUUGAAAUGGAGACUUUAAAAAUCAUUCUGUAAAAUACUUCAUGUCAGUAGCUCCUAGAAAGGUAGUUUACUGGGUCAUUUUGAAAAGAAAAAUUCAAAAAAAUCUGAAUAAGAAAGAAGUGCUUUGACUAAUCACACAAUAAGAAAGGAUACAGCUGGAGGAAUCACUUCGACCAAAUAUUCAGCACACACCCUUAAUUGUAACAUAUCAGGUAUUUACUGAUUGUAUGAUUUUUCUUACCGAUUUUGAUUAGAGGGAGUGAAUUUUCUUUUGUAUAUGAUGGAAUUUUCUGUAUAGUGACUGCUUUUUAUGACUUUUUUCAACUUCUAUGGACGUUUUUCCUAAGAAUUGUUGUCAAAGUUUGAGAGAAUGGCGAUAGUGGAUUGUGGUGACGGAUUGGAUCUCUGGUUGCGUUGAAGAGCACCGGGUGCCUCUGCACCUUCAGGAGCAGCUUCUGUAUGUAUGUGAAUACUGGUGCGUUUCCUGAACUGGCCAUAUGCUGCAGAACGGAUUUGAGAUUAUGACCUUUGACCCUUAAGCACGAGGACUGCGUCCUGUAAUCCACGUCAGGGACCGCUUUGUAAACCCUUCACCUUUUAACCUAUAUCUGUGAACCCGACCCAGUGAAGACAGCAACGAGUGCUGAUCCUGUUCAGAUCACUGUGGCAAAUCCUUCCAACAGAUCUUUCCCAUCUAAUAAUUCUCCUCAGUCUUUGGUUUAAAUUCAUUUUAUUGAUGGCCGUUUCAUUAUUGUUAAUUUAGCAUUUGGUUUUGACCGUUUCAGUUUAUCCAAUGUUCUUCAGAUGUUUUGUUUUUUUCUGUGACGGUUGGAAUCCCGGUUUCAUGUUCUGUAGCCAUGUCUCCUGCCGUUUUAUGUAAAUAUGUUUGUUUUUAUUUAUGUCGACUACAAAAAUCAAUCCGUUGGAUUGGUUGAGGUAUAAAUAAGGUAUAUGAAUGCACUUCAUCCGGUGGAGUGCGUUGAAAUAUUGUGACUUCUUACAAGUCAAUAAUGUAAUAAACGUUCUAUGAUGUUUGUAAAA